AUGAAGAGGAUCGCUGAGACAGUUGAGAGGGUAAGAUAUCCAAUUUUAGAGUUUGAGCUGGUUAAAUCUGCGCGCAAAGCCGCCGCCGGUGCUCGGUCGCGCCGGGUCGUCGGGGUGAAGGGAAUUGGGAUCAAGGCGGCGGCGAACGUGUUGCCGCGGCUGCGGAUCCUCGCCGUCCUCGGCGUGGUGGCGUGGACCUUCUUCCUCUACGUACAUUUCACCGUGAUCAGCAGCACGGUGGAAGUGAGCAACGGGGACGGUCUCGCGGCCGACCCGUGCCGGGGACGGUACAUAUACAUGCACGACCUGCCGCCUCGUUUCAACGCCGACAUCAUCCGCGACUGCCGCAAGACCGAGGACCACUGGGGCGACAUGUGCGGCUUCGUGAGCAACGCCGGCCUCGGGCGUCCCCUCGCCGACGACGACGACGGCGUCAUCACGGGCGAGGCUGGGUGGUACGGUACGCACCAGUUCGCGCUGGACGCCAUCUUCCACAACCGGAUGAAGCAGUACGAGUGCCUGACCAACCACUCCGCCGUGGCGUCCGCCGUGUUCGUCCCGUUCUACGCCGGCUUCGACUUCUCCCGCUACCACUGGGGCUACGACAACGCCACCAGGGACGCCGCGUCGGUGGACCUGAUAGAGUGGCUCAUGGCACGGCCCCAGUGGCGGCGCAAGUGGGGCCACGACCACUUCCUCGUCGCGGGGAGAACGGGUUGGGACUUCCGGAGGAGCAGCAACGUGAACCCAGACUGGGGCACCGACCUCCUCGCCAUGGCGGGCGGCCGGAACAUGACCGUGCUCGUGCUGGAGUCCACGCUGAAAUACACCAGCGACUUCUCCGUGCCGUACCCGACCUACUUCCACCCGAGGUCGGACGCCGACGUGCUCCACUGGCAGGACCGGGUGCGCGGCCAGAACCGGACGUGUCUCAUGGCGUUCGUGGGGGCGCCGCGGCCGGACGUUCCGAUGAGCAUCCGGAUCCGGGAUCACGUCAUCGCGCAGUGCAAGGCGUCCAGCGCCUGCGCAAUGCUGGGGUGCGCUCGCACCCUCGGCAGCCCGCAGUGCCACUCCCCCGCCAACAUCAUGCGGCUGUUCCAGAAGGCCACCUACUGCCUGCAGCCGCCGGGCGACUCCCCCACGCGACGGUCGGUGUUCGACUCGAUGGUCGCCGGCUGCAUCCCGGUGUUCUUCCACACGGGGACGGCGUACGAGCAGUACCCGUGGCAUCUCCCCAUUGACGGCCACCUCAAGUACUCGGUGUUCAUCCCGGACGCCGACGUGAGGCGGCGCAACGUGAGCAUCGAGGCCGUGCUCCGGAAGAUCCCUCCGGCCACGGUGGAGCGGAUGCGGGAGGAGGUGAUCAGGCUCAUCCCAACUUUGUUGUACGCCGACCCCAGGUCGAAGCUGGAGACUCUGAAAGACGCGGUCGCCGUCGCCGUCGAUGGGAUCCUCGACACGGUGGCGGGGACCACGAAUCCGCCGAGCCUUUUCGACGCCAUUGUAUCAAGGUUCCUGCCGAAGGGAUCUUGGAAAGCAGCUCGCUAG